UCUUCUUCUUCUUCUUCUUUUUCUCUUCAUUCUAGGGUUCCUUUCUUCUUCUUCUUCUUCUUCUUCUUCUUCUUCUUCUUCUUCUUCUUCUUCUUCUUCACACACCACUUCACACCUAAGCUAACACAACCCAAACCAUGGCGAAUUUCACCCCUUUCUCUUCUUCUUCAACUUCAACUCCUCCUUCUUUCUCACACAUUUCAGCUCCAUCUUCUUCUGGGCCUUUCGAUGAUGACUCUUCUGAGGAUUCUUGCAGUAUAUGCUUAGAGUCCUUCGGCGUUCAUGACCCAUCAACUGUAACCUGUUGCAAACAUGAAUAUCACCUGCACUGCAUUCUUGAAUGGUCACAAAGAAGCAAAGAGUGCCCAAUAUGUUGGCAAUCACUUGCUCUGAAAGACCCUGCCAGCCAAGAGCUUCUGGCCGCUGUGGAGGCCGAAAAAUGCUUACGAUUAAGAAAUGUUGAUUCAUCCUCAUUCACUAGCUCUCGUGUCCCCUUUGCAAGUUUUAAUAGUGACCAUGAUGAUUCUUGCUCCGAUGACUCUGAUUUUGAUGAGCAAAUUAUGCAGCACCUAGUUGCUGCUGCAAGUAGAGCUCGUUUUGUUCAGAGACAGAAAAGACAGGGAUCGUCUGGAGCAGGUCCAUCAGAGAUUCUUGUUUUUAACUCUUCUGCACAUGUAUCUGCGAUGCAACCAACACUUACAACUUCAUCAGCCGGUGGUAGUUCACCAACCACCAGUCUACCAUUGACGGUUGAGACUCCUACUGAGGUUGCAAGAAAUAUUAGUCCCGAGACCAAUGUCACUUACAGACCCAGAGUUCUUUACAGUCAGUCAUCACCUCAAGGUGGGAGGAAACUGAACACUUCUGAGAUGUUCUCCUUUCCCGAAUCCAUCAAAUCGAAAUUUUCUGCUGCUUCAGCCAGAUAUAAGGAAUCAAUUUCUAAAAGUACCCGCGGCCUUAAAGAGAAGUUACUUGCUCGUAAUGUCACAGUGAAAGAGCUGAGUAAAGGUGUUCAGCGUGAAAUGAAUGCAGGCAUAGCUGGAGUUUCACGUAUGAUAGAACGCCUUGAUCUUGCCUCAAAAAGGUCCAAUUCUCCUCUCAUUCCUGUCCGUAAUGGGGGAACAUCAUCAUUUCCCGAUGGGAAGUCCGUUGGCGAGAGAGGCAUUGGGCAUUCUCCAAAUGAAGCAAGUGGAGGCGCGGUUCAUAAUUUUAGUUCAGAUGCUCCCUUACACGUCUCUAGCACUGUUGCUGGUCGAAUGGAAAUUCCUCCAUGUGUUCAGAGUGGACAUGAUGCUGUGAAGACUUAGCUUGGGGUCAUCAAUUCAAUUCUACUAAGUGCAAGAGACGACUUUGAUAACCAAUGUACGUGUUGGUAUGCGUCCUGCAUUGUUAUCAAAUGGUCCAUGAUUUGUAGGAAUUUAAACUAUGAAACGUAUCAUCAAUUUAUAGAGCCCAGUGGAUUUUUCAUCCAUGUUUAUUGUUUUUUUUUCUUCUUUACAUGCCAAUACUUGAUUCGCUUAAUGAAAUAAUAAUUUAGAUUUUAGAGGUUCUCUCCUCUGCCA